UGUGUGUGUUUUCGUGUGUGUUCAGUGUUGAAGUAGGUGAAAAAAAAAAAAAAUAACACACUGAAGAAAUCUGAUUAUUUGUUUUUUUUUCUAUUGAUUUAACCAAAGAAAAAAAAAAUAUUUAAUAUACGCGUCCGGUGAGGAGCAACGCCAUUUUUCUUUUUUUGAUAUUGACACAAGCAGAGUGAAAUAAUAAAUUUACUCCAAGAGAAUUAAAUUGACAUUACUAAUUUCCAACCUGCAAAAACAUGGCUCGUAGUCGUAAAGACAGCACCGGUAAAAGUGAUACUGAACAUCCUGAUAAAGAUACAAAACGUGAAAGAGGUCGUGAUAAAGACAAAAAAAGACGUGCAGCAUCAUCAUCAAGCAGUGCCAGCAGUUCAUCUGAUAGCAGUUCAAAUUCAUCAAGUUCAAGUAGUGGAAGUAGUUCACGUUCAAGUUCAUCAUCAAGUAGUUCAUCAUCAAGUUCUGGUAGUUCAUCUGGAAGUUCACGUAAUCGUAAUCGUAAACGUAGUCGUAGUAAGAGUGUUGAUGGUGGAUCAAGACGUCAUGAUAAUAAAGAAAGAGAACGUGAACGUGAUAAAGAUAAAAAAAAUAAAAAUAAUACAACAGUUAUUGAUAAACAAAAAUCAAAACAACGUUCAAGAUCACAAUCAGCAAGACGUUCACAAUCACCACGUCGUAAACGUCGUGAAAGAUCACCAAAUCCACGUCCAACUAAAAUACAUAUUGGUCAUUUAACACGUAAUGUUACUAAAGAACAUAUUGUUGAAAUAUUUUCAACAUAUGGACAAAUCAAAAUGGUUGAUUUUUCAAUUGAUAAAUUACAUCCAAAUCAUGGUAGAGGUUUUGCAUAUGUUGAAUUUGAAACAGCUGAUGAAGCUGAAAAUGCUAUGAAACAUAUGGAUGGUGGUCAAAUUGAUGGACAAGAAAUAACAGCUGCACCUGUAUUAUUACCAAAACCACGACCAAUGAUGAGAGGACCACCAGGUAUGAUGGGUGGCGGUGGUGGAGGAGGUGGUGGUGGACGAGGUCAAAUGGGUCGUUGGCGUGGUGGUGGUGGCGGAGGAAGAAAUAAUUCACCACAAAGAUAUCGUAGACGUUCACCAUUUAGAAAUAAUCGCAGAAGAAGCCCUGGACCACCAAGACGUAGACAAAGAUCACGAUCAAGAAGUCCUAUUAAUAAUCAACGACAUCGUCAUAGAAGAUACACCAGAUCUGGAUCCAGCAGUUCUCGAUAAAUAUUUUUUUUUUAAUUUUUCAAUUGAUUUAAUAACAAGAAAAAUAUAAAAUUACACUUUAAAUCACCUUGAUUGAUCCAACACACUAUUUAAAAAAAAAAUCAAUUAUGUAUUUUAAUAUCAAUAAUCGAAUAUUUUUUUGAUUAUGUUGUGUGAAAAAAUGAAAUGAAAAACAAAAAACUAUGCGAAUGGUGUAUGUGUGUAUGUGUGUUUAGAAGUAUCUUCAUAAUCUAUUUGUAUUUUGCAAUUUGAAAGAGAAAAAAAAAAAUCAUUUUUAAAAUAUUGAACAGCUUGUAAUAAAUAGACAUUGUACGUGAUGUUUAAUUAUAAAAAAAUAAAAAUUAAUAAAUAAUAAUAAUUGAUAAACUUUAA